AUGAUGCUAGCUGUUGCAACUCAACUUAUUGCUGAAGGAGUGCGGGUAAAUAAUAUGAACUAUGGUGGAGUAAUGACGAAUAUUGCACAAAAUAGUGGAGUUCCUGGUGAGCUUGCAGCAAAGGCUACUAAGAAAGCCAUACUUGAAGCUGGCGCUCAUAGCGAAGACGUGAAUGUUUUGCAGGCGGAUGUCACCGAUGCUCAUGGAAGGAAACAUAUCAUCUCAAGCACAAUCCAGGUUUUUGGUAAAUUGAAUCGGAAAAAUGAACUUUUAUCGACAAAUCUUGCACAAAAUGAUGGUGUAUCUGAUGAAGUCGCAGCAAAGUUCUACGCAUCUUAUGCCAGAAAUCCCUUCGAAGUGCCUAGCGGCAGAAUUGCUGUUCCAUCAGAAAUCGCAACGGUUAUCGCUUUUCUGGCUGACGAAAGCCAGUCAUCUUACAUUGUCGGCCAAACAAUCGUCGCCGAUGGUGAGGCGGAUAUCAGCGCGACUUUAUCAAACAUGGACUUCUCAUACAUACACAAAGCUCUUGAAGCUUCAUUGCCCAGGGUAGCUGCAAAAUAUCUUUCCCGGCAAGAACUCAAGCUGUUGGAGCUCGCUUAUUGGAACUGGACCGAAGAGAGAGCACAAAAUUUCAGCUUGCCUCUCAGCUUACUCCUUCUUAAGGGAUCGCGAAAUAGAGUAGUCUUUCAUAUCUGA